AUGGAAGGAGCUGCGGCCUCUUCCGAGGGCCUGCGCUAUGCUGAGUACGCCAGGAUCCCUACGGGCACCGGCAAAGGCCAAGCCGAGCUGGACCGAGGGCUGGCCAGAACUAUGAUAGCAGUUGGACUUGGUGUUGCAACUGUUGCAUUUGCAGGUCGUUAUGCUUUCCACCUUUGGAAACCAUGGGAGCAGGCAAUUACAGAGACGGCAAAGAGGAUUUCAACUUCUAGUCUUUCAUCAUACUAUAAAGGAGGGUUUGAACAGAAAAUGAGUAGGCGAGAAGCUAGUCUUAUUUUAGGUAUAAGUCCAUCUGCUGGUAAGGCCAAAAUCAGAACAGCCCAUAGAAGAAUCAUGAUUUUGAAUCAUCCUGAUAAAGGUGGAUCACCUUACUUAGCAACAAAAAUAAAUGAAGCAAAAGACUUGUUGGAAUCCACUGCCAAAAAUUGA